AUGAAACCGAGUGUAUUCGAUGCAGAAUUUAAUUCUGAGUCCAANAGUUCAGAAUUGUAUAAUACAUCAACAGGUAUUUGGACAAUCACUGGUAGUAUGAUUCACAAUCGAAGAUUUCAUAAAUCAUCUGUAUUAACAAAUGGAAAAGUAUUAGUUACUGGUGGAGUGAAUAGUGUUGGUCCUUUGAAUAGUGCGGAAUUAUAUGAUCCAUCUACAGGAAUAUGGACACUUAUUGAUAAUAUGAAUAAUAGUCGAUAUCAUCACACAUCAUCUUUAUUGACAAAUGGAAAAAUAUUAAUUGCUGGUGGACAGCAAACUAGUGCUUUGAAGAGUGCGGAAUUAUAUCAAUCAUAA